GAUGACACACAAUAAUUUUUGGUUGAAGAAGAUAGAAAUCAGUGUUUCAGAAGCAGAAAAACGAACUGGAAGAAAUGCCAUGAACAUGCAAGAAACAUAUACCGCUUACCUCAUUGAAACAAGGUCAGUUGAACACACCGAUGGUCAGAGUGUCCUAACAGACUCACUGUGGCGGCGAUAUAGUGAAUUUGAGUUGUUGAGAAACUACCUUUUAGUUUACUAUCCACAUAUUGUUGUGCCACCUCUGCCAGAAAAACGGGCAGAAUUUGUUUGGCAUAAACUCUCUGCUGACAACAUGGAUCCAGAUUUUGUGGAGAGGCGACGGAUUGGUUUAGAAAACUUUCUCUUGAGGAUUGCUUCACAUCCCAUCCUUUGUAGAGACAAAAUCUUCUAUCUGUUUUUAACACAGGAAGGUAACUGGAAGGAGACUGUGAAUGAAACUGGGUUUCAGCUGAAGGCAGACUCCAGGUUAAAAGCGCUUAAUGCAACAUUCAGAGUGAAAAACCCAGACAAGAGAUUUACUGACCUUAAGCACUAUAGUGAUGAACUGCAGUCUGUCAUCUCGCAUCUUCUUCGUGUCAGAGCUAGAGUAGCAGAUCGACUCUAUGGUGUAUAUAAAGUACAUGGGAAUUAUGGGCGAGUUUUCAGUGAAUGGAGUGCCAUAGAAAAAGAAAUGGGUGAUGGACUGCAGAGUGCUGGUCAUCAUAUGGAUGUGUAUGCAUCGUCUAUUGAUGAUAUUUUGGAAGAUGAAGAACAUUAUGCAGAUCAGUUAAAAGAGUAUCUUUUUUAUGCAGAAGCAUUGCGGGCUGUGUGCAGGAAACAUGAACUUAUGCAGUAUGACUUGGAGAUGGCUGCUCAGGACUUAGCGUCCAAGAAGCAGCAGUGUGAGGAACUGGCAACUGGGACUGUGAGAACAUUCUCUUUGAAGGGAAUGACUACCAAGCUCUUUGGUCAAGAAACUCCAGAGCAGAGAGAAGCCAGAAUAAAGGUGCUAGAAGAACAAAUAAAUGAAGGAGAACAACAGCUGAAGUCUAAAAAUCUGGAAGGCAGGUAA